AUGGCGACUAAACGUCUGGUGAAGCUGAAACUGUUGGAAUUGCAAGAUUAUUAUGAUUCCUGGACAUCCAUGGAACAUAUUGAGAAAUUCUUCUACGUCAACAAGACAGAUAAGUCAGAGUAUGUGCAUAGAAAGUGGAAGGAAGAUGACUUCUUUGGAUACCAGUAUCUGAACGGCAUCAACCCUGUAAUGAUCAAGAAGUGCAAACAGAUCCCCUCAAACUUCCCGGUCACCAAUUCCAUGGUCUCUGGAUUCCUGGAAAAAUCCAGCUCACUACAGAAGGAAAUGGAGAAGGGCAAUAUCUUUCUGGUGGACUAUCAGCUGCUGGAUGACAUCCCAGCCAAUACGAUCAAUGGACAUAAGCAAUAUAUUGCUGCUCCACUCUGUCUGCUGUACAAGGAUACCCAGAACAAGCUGAAGCCCAUUGCCAUCCAGCUCAAGCAGACGGCAGAUCCAGAAAAUCCAAUCUUUUUGCCCAAUGACAAGGAAGAAGACUGGCUCCUGGCAAAGAUCUUUGUGCGCAGUGCUGACUUUAACUUGUUUGAGCUGGUUACUCACCUUCUGCGGACUCACCUGUUGGCAGAGGUGUUCUGCAUGGCGACGCUCAGACAUCUGUCCUCCGUGCACCCACUGUUCAAGCUCCUGAUUCCUCACAUGCGAUACACUCUGCAAAUCAAUAUCAUGGCAAGGAAUAAACUUCUGGACGAGGGUGGACUUUUUGACAAGGCCUUAAGCACUGGAGGAAUCGGGAUGUACAAAGUGUUGCAGAAAGCUCAGGAUUCUAUGACCUACAGCUCCCUCUGUCUGCCAGAUGACAUUAAAGCUCGUGGGGUAGAAGACAUACCCUGUUAUUACUACAGAGACGAUGGCCUUAAACUGUGGGCUGUGAUCAAUAGGUUUGUGCAGAGUCUGCUUAAAUAUUACUACCCGAAUGACAGUGAUGUCUUGGAAGACACAGAGCUGCAGGGCUGGAUAAACGAUAUCUUUUGUGAAGGCUUCCUUCAACGGGAAGAAUCAGGUAUUCCAAACUCAUUCAGCACUGUUAAUGAACUAAACAAGUUUCUGACCAUGGUCAUAUUCACCUGUUCAGUGCAGCACAAUGCAGUCAACAGUGGACAGUUUGACUUUUGUGCCUGGAUGCCUAACGCCUCUUCCACCAUGCAAUGCCCUCCUCCCACCAAGAAGGGGGAAACCACCAUGAAAGACAUCCUCCAAAGCAUUGCUAAUAUCAGCAGUACUGUCAACAUUCUGGCUGCCAUCUGGUUGCUCAGCAGCCCUUUCUCUGACUUUAUUAAACUGGGGGACUAUCCGUUGAAGCGCUUCACAGAGGAGUACCCUCAAAAGAUGAUUGCUCAAUUCCAGUCGGAUCUGAAGAAGAUUGAUGAUGAAAUAGUUCAUCGUAAUGAAGGCCAAGAAUUUGGAUACACCUACAUGCGUCCAUCGCUCAUUGAGAACAGUGUGGCUAUCUGAAUGUUAACUCACAGGAACACCUAACAGUGCUUUACUGCUUUUUUAUACUGUGCCUCCACCCUCUAUUUACCAUCUUGGCCCUUUACCUGCUUUGAUGUUUUGUCUUAAAUUUGAACAUAGGGGGAAACCAAAUAUAUGCUUUAAAUCCAGACUUCCUAAUGGUUCUAUUUAGAAGCUUUUGUUUUUAUACUGAACCCUUAAUACUGAUACAUCCAUUGUUCAAUAUUAAAGAACUCAAUUAUUCAAAAGACAACAUUUGAGACAUAUAAGCUGGGGUUCAUUAAGUUUCUUUUCCCCAUAUUAGCAUUCUCUGAGGCUGAUUAAUAAAGGAGUAAGGUGCUAUAAGAAGAUGUUCAAAACACUUUAUUUAGUUGAUUUGAUUAAUACCUCUUCGAUAUUUUAUUAGUUAAGUGAUUGCUGAUUGCACCUCUACUGAAAGGUGCAAGAUUUGUGAUAGUUUCAGAAAUAAAGGUAAAAAACUGAGCCUCCCGAGACAAGAUGAAAACAUAGAUUAGAUAUGCAGGAUCCUGUUUAUAUCGGUCAUAAGUUGGGUCAAAGUCUGGGUACUGUGAGGGAAUAAUUAUAUUCUAUGCUUUUUAUUAAUGUCUGAUUAGGUCUCUAGGACUUAUAGAACUUGAGAUAUAUUAUUUUAAGUUGUUUGUGUUUUAUGAAGUAUUUAGUUUAUGAUGAUAAAAUAAUUGUUAUUGUGCAUGUUUUCUCUAGCAGGUGCAGGCAUGCCCAUAUAAGGGAUGGAAAGUUACUGACUGCUAGCUAGAAAGAGGAAGUUCUCUUUAUUUUGUAACCGCAAGCUGCAUCCGUGGCACUUUUUAGAAAUGUCACCGAUUUAGUUAGAAUAGGUAAGACAGACAGGAUGCUUGCAAAUAAGAUAAAUUGUUAUUGUUGUAUAUGAUUGGUCUCAUCUUAAUCUUCCAAGCUGUUGCUAUCCAACAUAUAUUGAGUUAAGCUUCUGUGAUUGGCUCGCAAUAACUGUGGGUUGCAAGGUAUAUUAUGCUUACUGACUCUGUGUAGUCAGAACUCUACUCGAUGUUUUCUAAUAUCACGUGUGUUGAGAGUGUUCUUGGGUUUGCAAACCAUUAAACUUGUUUACUCAAUUUUGUCUGUUCUACUGAGUCUCUAUUACAGGGAGUGGUAUUAAAACUUCCACAACAGUAC